AUGCCAGGUGGCGAGGGCGGGGGGCCGGCUCGCAGGCUGGAGGGAACGCCGGGGAAGGGCGAGAGGAGCAUCGAUGCCUUCCUGAGCGCCCCGCGCACCCCCGCCGCCAUCGGCGGCGUCCCCUACGACAGCACCCCGGGCAAGGAUGACCCCGGCCGGACCGCCAGCGGCGGUGAGGAAGAGAUUGAUGGCCGCGCCGGGGACGGCAACGAGGGGGGCGAAGCCGGCGACAGGGGCAAAAGGGCCCGAAGGAGGCGCACCCCGCACCAGCAGCACCUGAACAAGCUUUGCCAGCGCAGAUACAGGGAGCGUCAGAAGAAUAAGAUGACGCAAAUGGAGGCGAUCGUGAAGAGGCUGGAUGAGAGGUCCCUCCUUCUGCGGCAGGCGCAGCACGAGAACAGCGCCCUCAGGGACAUGAACCAGAGGCUCGAGGUGGUGGUCAAGGAGCAGCAGGAGUUGUUGACCACGCUGAAUGAAGCAAGCAAACAAUCUGGACUGCCGCCGCUGCGUGUUGGACAUCAGGUUCCACAUGCGCCGGAGACUCCCACCACUGGUCAGCGAUGUGCCAGAGGCCAUUUGGGUCCUGGUGCCCAGCCCAUACAGAAAGCAGCAUCUGUGCAACAGCAUCCAGGUCGCCUCAUCUCUACUUGGUCUCCCACCCAAAAUGAGCAGUCCUUGGUGGUGGAGCCUCAGAAGCGUUUGUUCAGGGCGUCCUCCGCACCUGGGGACAACAGGCUGGCAAAGGUUCUUCCCCCUUCACACUCUUGGCCUGGGGACAACGUGUGGACGUUGGAUAGCGCAGCAGUGGGCGGAGAUCAGCAGUCAUCUGGGCUGUCAGCAUCAGGCACACUGAUCGAUCCAGCAACAUGGGGAAGGCUGAAGCCUGCUGGGCAUCCUCCGCCCUCCUGGUCUUCAGCUUGUGGCCACAGCAGGCCCCCACCAAAUAUGUACAAUAAACCGAUCACCACAGGACACCAGCUGCACGAUGACAUGCCACUUGGUGGUGCCUAUGUUGAACCGGAAGGCGUAGAUGGGACCGCCAUUACCACAUCUGCCCAGUCCCCCCAUGCCAUGCUGGUAGACGUAGAGGGGCCGUCUGUGGAGCAGCGCUCCUAUGGUGCCUCUGGCCUCCAAGUCCACUCUCCUAAAGUCUUCCUGUCUGGAUGCUCACCCACGAUGCAGUCAGUUGGCAUGCCCCCAGCCAGUGUGGACGCCGCCGCAAUGGAUCCCAUGUUGCAGCGGACUGAACAGCUCGGCUUGGUGACCGCUGCACCUGAAAACAUUAGAAUCAUAACCCAGGAGCUGGGAGUGCGGGUGCAGUCUCUUCGCAACCUUCUAGAGGCCAAUGCCAUCUUCAUGGGUGGUGUGCAGGCAAGCGAAGAGCUUGUUCGAGUGCUGGGGAACAUGUUGUCGAGUGUGGCUGAGCUUGCUGUCAAAAUUGUGACGUCAAGGGACCCAGCGACGCCCACUUUUGGAAGCUUUGUUAUGCCGAAGAUGCCAGAAGAUUUGGCGCCAGACGAAAGGGAGGCCUGGCAGAAGUGUGUGACAAUUCUGAACUUGAGUUCACGGCAGAAGGCCACGAUACUUAAUCUGAGAGCAGAGCACCUGCACUGCCUUCCAAAGAUUUAUGAGGAGAGGGCGCAGCUCAAUGGAAAGGCAAGGGCAAUUAUGCAGGCAUCCUGCAACCCACUAGGGCCUGCAUCGCCAGAGUUGAGGCUUGUUUGGGACCAAAUCAAACUCAACAUCAGGCAGGAGCACCAGGUGGUGGUUGAGGGCCUUCACAUGCUGCUCUUCAGCAUACUGGAGCCAGUGCAGGCAGCGCUGCUGGUGGUGGAGGCACACCCGGUGGUUGUCGAACCUAUGAAGUUGGGCUCUGCCAUCUUGAGCCUUAGUGUAGACAGUACCCAGCGAUCGAGCUCAAGCUCCAGCCUUGGGGCACUCAGUCGCCAUCGCACUGCAUUGGAUUGCUGA